AUGAGUGACAUCGACGAAAGGGAACCAGAAGCAGUGGCCAGUAAUGAAGAAGAGGAAACUCAAGCUUCUGAGAAGGAGCAAGAAGCCGUAGCUCAGGCCGAUGAUGAAGAAGAAGAUCAAGCUUCCGAGAAAGAACAAGAAGCCGUAGCUCAGGCUGAUGAUGGAGAAGAAGAUGAAGUUGGUGAGAAUGAACAAAAAGCGGUUAUCCACAGCGACAGUGAAGACGAAGAUAAUGAUGAGAAGAAGGCGGUCAUUAACAGCGAUGAUGAAGAUCUAACUAUUAAACAGAAGGUGGUGGUGGAAAGCGAUGAUGAGGAAGAUGAUCUGACUAUUAAAAAGAAUAAAGAGUAAGUUUUUGAUGUUGUUGUUCAAUAUUUAGAAGUUAGCGUGGAACAACGGUUGUUAUGAUUAAGUUUACCUUGAUAUAGGUGUAAACUAGGUUUUUAGCUAAAAUUCAUCUUGUUUUAGCUAUAAAAUAGUGUUUUAUAGGUUUAGAUGGACAAGAAAUAUCUAUAACAACAUAAUUUUUAUAGUUUUGUUAGUACCUUUUGUUAUUUUAUUAUAUUAUUGUAAUAAAUAAGUGUUCGUUUUAGGAAAAAGAAGAAUGAAGAGCUGUUUGGGUCGUCAAGUUCAUCAGAAAGUGAAGAUGAAGAUGAUGAGAACACCAAAAAACUCAUGGAUGAUAUCUUUGGUGAAGAAGGUGAUGAAGAAGAAGGUGGUGAAGCUAAGGUAACAUUUUAUUAUGUUCAUUCUGCUUUUAGGUAUGAAAAUAAGGAGUUUGAGGAUUUUUUGGCAGGAACUAUCUUUAUUAUGAUUGAAAUGGCAAAAACUUUCUUUACAAAAUUAAAGAUUACUAGAACUUUCUUUACAAAAUCAAAAGACUGCAAGAACUUUUUUUACAAAGCAGAAAAAGCAACAACUUUCUUUCCAGAACAAUAUUAUUUUAAUCUUUAAUCUACCUUUUUAGGCUCCUCAACACGAAGAACACCGUGCGCGAGCGUCCGACAGUGACGACGAGGAUAACCGUGCUGUGCGUCGUGAACGAGACCAGUCGGGCGAUGAGGACGACGAGCGGCCAAGCUACAAGUGGGACUUUGACGAAAUGAUGGCCCGAAAGAAGGCGGAACGUCGCAAGUCCAACAAAAGAAAGCGUCGCGAUGGUGGUAUUGACCUCAUCUCUGAUAACGAUGAACAGAUCAAGAACCUGGUCGAUGAGAUGGCACGAGCCGCGAACGCCGACCGUGCCUCGAACGAGGUUCGUCAGCCAGCGUUCCAAAAACAGAAAUUGUUGCCGAUCGUGAGGAAGACUCUCAUGAAGACGGACCUCUUCGAAGCGUUGUUGGACAAUGGAAUGAUGUCAGCCCUCUCGGAUUGGUUAGCCCCUCUGCCAGAUAAAAGUUUGCCCAGUCUCGAGAUUCGAACCAGUUUCCUAAAGAUUCUCGAGAGUUAUCCGAGGUUAGAACAAGGCAUUCUGAGGCAGAGUGGACUGGGAAAGGCGGUCAUGUUGUUGUUUAAACAUCCGAAGGAAAUUAAGGAGAACAAGGUCAGAGCGGCUAAGUUGAUCCGAGAUUGGUCCAGACCUAUAUUCCAGGUGAGUUAAAUUUUGAGAUAAAAAUAAACUCGUGAUAGGUAAAAUGGCAAGAACUUUCUUUCCAAAUUAAGAAAUAGCAAACAAUUUCUUUACAAAACAAAAAAAUAGCAAAAACUUUCUUUACAAACCAUAAAAUGGUAAGAACUCUCUUUACGAACUAGAAAAUCAAAAGCUUUAUAUAUUUUAUUUUCAGCUGGAUACAAAUUACACAUCUAUGACAAGAGAAGAACGAUAUGAAUUGGAUUAUGUACAAGCGAAGGCGGUCAAGAAACGGUAAUUAUUAUGCUAUUUUUAACGAAAACUUCUUGGUUUUGUCAUUUUUUAAAGGAAAUUAGGCUUGGUUAUUAUAAAUACCUUAAAGGUUUUUCAAAUUUAAACUUAAUCUUGAAAUUUUAGCAAAGAAGACGACGAUUCAGCGCCAGGACCCUCUAAACGAAGCCGAAACCAAAUGGAUCUGGACGAUAUCGACGACGAAACCGUAAAUCCCGGCCAAGAAGGCUUCGUAUCAAGAGCCCGAGUCCCAAAACCAUCGAUGAAAGCCUAUGUGAAUAGGCCAAAGUCGAACGUUGAAGGCCAAUUCCACGGCGCAACCAAGUCACGUCAAGCUACACGAUUCGACAUGGCUCAACGUGAAUUCAAGGAACGUACCAAGACGGCUAAAGCUAAACGUGCCGUGGGCGUGUCGAUCGAGGGCCGACGAAUGGACAUUUAAUUUAUUUCAUCUUAUUAUUGUAUACAAACAGACAAUGAACUUAUUAAACUCAAAAUUUGUUGAUUUUUUAAAUAUAAAUUUUUAAAAUAAAAAAAAUCUUAUUUAAAAAGGCAAGAAGUAAGGUAUAAUAAGCCAUAAACAUCAUUUCAAUAAAAUGUUCAUAAGCAAAAAAACAGGCGUAUAAAAAACAUUUAGCAGCCUGCAUUGCCGUUUUCACUUAUCUGGGCGCAGACGGACAACACGAAAAAGCCUUUCAAAUUCAUUCGUGGACGACUUUCGGCGAAAGCUCAAGAUUGUCGCGUCAAUAUCGGUUUCCAGGCAAGUUAUUUAGCAAGUUUAUUCAUUAGUAAACAAAACAUGGUUUAGUUUAGGUAAUAAAGUCAGUUAUUUUGUUUUUUCAGGCACUUCCAACCAUGAAUGCCACUUUUAUGGAAGAAUACGGCUUGGAAGAGCCUCUGAACUAUGCUCCGACCGCUUUGAACGAGACUAUUAUCCCGGGAGGUAGUGGUUUAUUUGAGAAACGUGAGUUUUUUAAUGUUUUUUUUUGGAUUUUCGGUAGAAGACAAUGGAUUUUGGAGGGUAUUCAGCGAAAAGCUUGUUUUUAAAAGAUGGUUAUGGUUAAAUUUUGACUUCCAGUUGUUAUUUUAGCUGGGAACUACUUUAAGGGAUAGUCGGGGCAAAGCCUUUAUUAAAGACAUUGUUUUAACCAAAAAAUUGAUUAUAGGAGAAAAAACCGACCAAGAACUGUUGGACGAUAUUGAGUUAGAUCGCGAGGUUCGAAGAAAGUUUCCAGAAUACUUUGGAUUACCUGAAGAGCCAGAAGAUAAGAAAAAACCGUUGGAUGAGCAAUUGAUUGAGCUAAAGAAGCGUGUAGAACAACUUGAAGUUCAGUUGGAGUUCAAAGACGCCAAAAUCAAACAAUUAGAGCAACGAAAAGAUGUAAAAUGUAAAGAUAUUACUCCGCGAAAGCCUGUAGCUCAAAUGGGGACAUUGGUGGAGGAGGAUCAGAGCGAACAGAUCGAAGUUUUGGAGGAUCAGCUUCAGAAGUUCAAAAAACUUGUUCAACAGCAGGAAAGCCAGCUGAGUCAGGUGAAGAAAGAGUUGGGAGAUCAAAUGGAAGAAAACAAAGUGUUAUUGAAGCAGAUCGAGGCUUUGGAGGAGGUAGAGUUUAUUUAUUAGUUGUUUUUGGCUUAGGAAUUUUUUUUGGACAUCAGCACAUUGAAACAUAUGUUGUUAUUGUCUUACAGUGUUAAAACGCAUGUUGUCAUAAGCAUUUUUGACGCAUAAGCAGUAGUUUUAAAGUUUUUAAAGCUACAAAUAAGGUCUCUUGAUGCUUUUAGCUAAUAAAACUUGAAUUUUUGGGCAGAUGUAAUAUAAGGAUAUUAUUUUGCGUUGUCUUAAUAUUCUUUUGUUGUUUUUAGAAGGAAAACAAAGCAAAUGAUCCGGAUGCCACAAGAUGUGUUAGAUUUUUGGCUCACAAUCCCUUGGAUAAUGCUCAUAAGCGGUCGAAUGGGCUUCAGAAUAGCAUGGUAGGUAUUAUAAAUUAAAUUCUAGUCCCUUUUUUUGUUCUGUAAAGGAAGUUCUUGUUAUUUUUUGUUUUGUAAAGAAAUUUCUUGCCGUUUUUUGUUCUGUAAAGAAAGUUCUUGCUAUAUUAUAUUCUUCAGACAAAGUUGUUGCUUUUAAUGUUAUUAUAAAAUAAGUUUUAGGGUUCAUCAGCAUCCUCAUCCGGCUCUAGUUUCGAACAAACCGACUGUCUCGAAUGCCACAAGCUUCGAAACCUAUUAAUGGCGGGCAAAAAAGAGUUGGCCGAAAGGAAGCAAACUAACAGACAUUACAUGUCAAUUGUGGAGCGGGUCACUGGAUUUAAAAUUCGAUUUAUGGAAGAUCAAAUCGUGAAAGUCACCAUGAUCUGCGACGAUAAAAACGAUUUUAAACUGGAGGUGGGUUACGGUUUUUGUUUUUUGGUUUUUACCGAUUUUUAGGGGGUAGUACAUUUUCAGAUUAUUUCUUUUGGCGAAGGGGUAGAUUUUUUGCAAUUUUUCGUGGGAGGGGUGGUCAAUUUUUUUCUAAUUAUUUGAGGGGAAGAUUUUUUUGCUUAAAAGUGGUCAGGCGUAGUUUUUCAGAUUGACGGCGACACGAUUCAACUUCUGAACUCGCGAGGAAUUCAAAAAUACGCCACAUUUGCCGAACAGUUUGCCCGCACCUCAGUCCCGUAUAUGUUUGCCAAAGCGUUGUGCUACAGUUUCGAGAGGCCGGACUCAACAACCACGAUGUUCCAAGAGACUGCCACUUACUGUGAAACGGUCCAAAACACUACCGACAUCUUCUAA